GUGUUUCUGGCCGGUCUGGCGCAGUACAGGACAUGGCGGUCGUGUGCAUCGUCACUUUGGCGUUCGGUAUCGACGUGGAAACCGUCGCCUUCACGGCCCGGGGUCUGUUUGUCUUCUCUGCCAAGAGCUAUCCGCACCGCCCAACACUGUGGCACUCAGGAGAAGGAGCCCUCAGAAGACACGAUCCGCGUGUCUUCGUGGACCGGUCGACGACUCACUUUGGCGAAGCCGUCGACGUCUUUGUCAAAGCCGAGUGUGAAGGACGCAUCUCCCUCGAGGACAUCCGUGAAGGCAUGACGAGCAUUCACCAAGUCGGCGACAUCGCGCUGAACAAGCCUAUCAAGUCUCGACUCCGCGAGCUUUACUACGGUCACCGCAUCGACGCCCUGGACGAUGCGACGCCGGGCGAUCUCUUUCGCGUCAGACGCGACCGCGUCUUCGGUUUUGUCGAGAAGGUCUACGCCGACAUCAACAAGGACAAUCGCACUCGUCGAUGGAUCGCCGACGCCUACGACACGUGCGGAAUGAACCCGUGGGCGACCAACCAAGAUCGGUUCAAGGCCCACCUAGACGGCUUGAACAUGUCUGGCGCGAUGCUCACCAAUGUGCAGCCCUUCACCCUCGACUAGGGCAAGGUCAACACCAGCUUCAUAAAUGUCGUG